GGUUUCCAAGUAGCAGACCUUGAUCGUUUUCGCACCCAGUGACUUACCACCGGCGGAACCCUAACCGGCCCUCUUUACCGCUCUCUCUCUGUACGCCGGUUCUCUUCCUAGGCCGCCUAAAGAGUGUGUUGAAAGCGAAGGUUAUACACGUUCGUUGCCCUGAAAUGGGGUUUUCAGGUGGCUGAAGUGGUUAUCUGAUAAUUAGCUAACAGUGAUGGCUGAGCAUCUUGCAUCAAUAUUUGGAACUGAGAAAGACCGCGUCAACUGCCCAUUCUACUUUAAGAUUGGAGCUUGCCGUCAUGGCGAUCGAUGCUCCCGUCUCCACAAUAGGCCAACCAUUUCCCCCACCCUUCUACUGUCAAAUAUGUACCAGCGGCCAGACAUGAUCACUCCUGGUGUUGAUGCCCAGGGACAGCCAAUUGAUCCCCGAAAGAUCCAAGAACAUUUUGAGGACUUCUAUGAGGAUAUCUUUGAGGAGUUGAGCAAGUUUGGUGAGAUUGAGAGUCUCAACAUUUGUGAUAACCUUGCUGAUCACAUGGUAGGUAAUGUAUAUGUUCAAUUCAAGGAGGAGGACCAGGCAGCCGCAGCUCUGAGGGCACUUCAAGGGAGAUUUUAUUCAGGACGCCCAAUAAUUGUUGACUUCUCACCUGUUACUGACUUUCGGGAGGCCACAUGUCGUCAAUUUGAGGAAAAUAGUUGCAAUAGAGGUGGGUAUUGCAACUUUAUGCAUGUGAAGCAGAUUGGGAGGGAGUUGAGGAGGAAACUUUUUGGACGAUACAGGAGGUCUAUGGGAAGUCGUAGCCGAAGCAGGAGCCCUAGUCCACAAAUUCGGAGGGAAUAUCGUGAGCACGAUAAUCGUGAAAGGGACUUUCGUGCAAGGAGGGGUGGAGAUAGGUAUGGAAGGUAUGAUGAUGGAGGUAGGCAUGAUGAUGGAGUGAGGCGAAGGCAUCGGAGUCCAAGACGGUCUAGGAGCCCGGUUAGAGAAGGAAGUGAGGAGCGGAGGGCUAGGAUUGAGCAGUGGAAUAGGGAAAGAGAGAAGCAUGCUUAACUCAGAGUGUGUGUUUUUAACUUGCUCCUGCUUAUCGCUAUUAUAUUCUGUUUGCUUUUCUUGGGGGUCAUGUGUCGUCAGUUUCAGGUUAGCAUGUGCUAAAGAUACACCCAUACAUUUUGAGUGGCAUUUCUGGAAUCGAUGUAGUAUUUACUUAUUAAUUUCUAUGUGGAUGUAUUUAUGACUUCCUGGCUGGUCACAGUUUCUUGGGUUGUCAAUGUUGCAAAAGAAUUCUAGAUAGAGAGUUUAUUACCUUGCUUUCACAAUUAAUAUGGAAAAUAAGCUGCUGCUUUUUUCCAA